AUGGCUGAUGGCUCUUCUUACCUUAAAGUAGUUGGUACAGUUGAACUGAGUAUAAAAGUUGAUAAUAUGUAUACAAAACUCACUGCCGUAGUAGUGAAAACGUUGGUCACAGAUUGUAUUAUUGGAACGGACUAUAUAACGAAGUAUUCUUUACAAAUUGAUGCUGGUAGUGGAAUUAUAACUAUUCAUAAAGGACAUAUGUAUGUGACUGUAUCUGUGGAAAAACCAAAUCAACUAGUGAAAGUACCUAUGAGAUUGACACAGUCAGUAAAGAUACGUCCCGGUGAAGAAAUCAGACUCAAUGUGUUAGCACAAGGCCUUCGUAACUCGCCCCCUACUUUUCAGCGAGUUAUGAAUAAUGUAUUGGAACCGUGGCGUCAUUUUUCACAAGUAUAUUUAGAUGAUAUUAUUAUUUUCUCUAAGACAAUCGAAGAACACAUUAUACAUGUACACGAAGUUCUACAAAAACUGAGUGCUAAUAAUUUGAAAAUCAAUCCUCCAAAAUGUUCUCUUGCCCGCCAACCAAUUGAUUAUCUCGGCCAUACCAUCACUGCUACAUCUAUAACACCGCUGAAUGAUAAGAUCAAAGCAAUUCUCGAUUUAAAAGAACCACGUACGCUCAGAGAAGCAAACCGAUUUAUUGGCGGCAUUUCUUGGUACAGGAAGUUCAUCCCAAUGUUUGCUGACAUUGCAGCACCAAUACAUACCGUCACAAAUUUGACGCAGGCACAUAAACACAAAUUUAAAUGGAAGCAACCACAGUCAGACUCUUUUAGAGCAUUGAAGAAACUUAUAAUAACAGAACCACUCUCACUGGAAUUUCCAGAUGAUAGUGAAUCCUUAAGACUAGAAACUGAUGCAUCAAAAAUUGGACUAGGCGGAGUAUUGUUUCAAGAAAUCAAUGGACAGAGGUUUAACCUAUAUUAUCAUUCCCAGUCAACAACUAAAGCUGAACAACAUUAUGAUACAAUAGAAUCCGAAGCAUUAGCUAUAUAUAAGUGUUUUGAGCGUAUGCGCCCAUAUAUUCAAAGUAGACCAAUCAUUUUGUUCACAGACCACUGUCUUCUCUGUAGUAUGAUGACAAAGAAUGUGAAAAAUAAAAGAGUUGAUCGAAUUGCUCUACUCCUUCAAGAAUACCACAUUACCCAAGUUAUUCAUGUGAAAGGUAGACAUAACUGUCUCCCGGAUUAUUUGUCAAGAAAUCCAAUCGAUGUCACAGAUGAAUUGAUGGAAAUUGAGUAUGGUUUAGAAGUUCUUGAACCACAUCCUCACGAUGGAGACCGAGUUUCUUACGGCUCCACGCUUGCCGAUGUGGUCGGUGUAAUAACAAGAUCGACAGCCAAGAAAGAACAAGCACAGACAACCGCAGGUCAGUCAGAGACGGAAACGGAAGAAGAAAUGCAUGACCCUAAACCUCAGGAGAUUGAACCAACAACAUACAAGGUUCUGCCACAUCAUCUGGAUAUAACACGUUUGAUUGAAGAACAGCGGCAAGACCCUGAAAUACGGAAGAAGUUAGUCGAAAUUCAAAAGAAUCCCACAAAGCAUCCGUAUUUGCUUGAAGAUAGCGUCUUAUAUAAACUUCAGUCGAGAGAUGGUGGUAAAACUGUGUCAAAGCUCAAUUAUCUUCCAAAAUCAAUGAUCAGACCAGCUCUUAAUUUUUAUCAUGAUCAUCCGUUGUCCGGGCACUUUGGCAGUCAAAGAACAUACGACAAAAUGAAAUAUAAAUAUUGGUGGCCAAAUAUGCAACAAACAAUAGUGGAGUAUAUUGAGUCCUGCAUGAAAUGUAAACAGAAUAAUUAUAGUCGUCAAAAAAAGCCUGGUCAUAUGCAUCCAAUUGAACCACCUUUUGGACCAUUCCAAGUCAUAGGUAUCGACUUCUGUGGACCUUUCUUAAGAACACCAAGUGAGAACAGAUACGUUUUGUGUAUAACAGACCACUUUAGUAAAUGGGUUACGGCAGUAGCACUAGCAGACUGCAGUGCACAAUCAACCGCACAGGCUCUGUAUGACGAAUACAUAUGUAAAUAUGGAGUACCAACAACGAUUUUAUCCGAUAAUGGAUCUCAUUUUCAGAACCAAUUGAUGACAGCAUUGACUCAAUCACUCGGCCACAACCAUAUAUACUCAACAACAUAUCAUCCACAGACAAACGGUUGUGUUGAAAGUCCAUUUCAAUUACAAUACGGUCGCGCACCUCGACUGCCACCAGAUCAAGCUCCACCAACCGUGAUCUUCAAUAAACGAUGUGAUUAUUUCUAUCAACUGCAAAAGAAUUUAGAAAUUUAUCAUAAAAUUGCGCGUGAAAAUAUUAUACGUAAUCAACAGUUGUCUAAACAGAGAUAUGAUCGUAACCGUCAAGAUCCCCACUAUAAAGUUGGUGAUUUAGUUUUACCCGUUGAGGACCGAGUUCCUUUCGGCUCCACAGAUUCUUUAAGUCGUAUUGCAUCAUCAGUCCCAGCAUUUACACUAGGUCGAGAUGUUUAUUAUUUGAAUACAGAAACAUCCAUACGUUUUCUACAAGAUCUGAUAGAUAAAUGUGCGCAUAUCAAACAUUACGCCAUCGAUACUGAGAAUGAUAUUGAUACACAAAACCCUUGUCUCAUCCAAGUUCUGCCUCUUCCAGAAACAUCUCCACCAUCACCCUUGUUUCCAAUAAUCAUAGAAACCCAAUUCUUGCCAGCCGGCGAAACCCAGUUUCGUGUAAAAAUAGAAGAAUUAUGUGGCAUUAGAUUUCAUCGAGAUAAUCACUUCUACUCAUGGUACGAUUGUAAAGAGGAACUGUCAAAGUUUAGGGAUCUGAAAUUAUUUAGUCUAUCUAAUAUCAUUCAUACUACAAAUGUACAAAUAACUUUCAGAACGUAUUAUAAUGAACACCAUCCCCACCUUCCUGAAUGUCCUGCUCUUCAGUUGUUCGAAAAUUAUAUGGCUGAAGAUGAUUAUUUGUUAACGGCAACACCUCAUGAAGAUUUAGAAGAUGGCAACUUAGCUGAUCAUCCCUUAUGUACCUAUUCAUUUAGACCAUAUAAACAACCGAAUCAGCUAAAUAGCUCGAAGCUGCUGCAAAGCGUUGGCCUUGGAAUUUCACUUGUACCAAAUCCCCUACAUGUUCACACUGGGCCGGUGGGAUAG